ACAAAACAAAACGGCUGGUCAAAGAAGAAAAUAUCAAGAAAAGUUGUAAAUAUUAGGUUUCCCUAACCUAAAAAUCAUUCAGUCACGAAAGGAAUAACUAAGUAUUAAAAAUGCUUCAAAUAACAAAUUUGAUCAAGAAAGGGCCUAUAACUUGUGCUCACUUAUUAAGACAAUCUCGACAUAAAUCUAAAACUCAUUGGGCAAAGUUAAGAAAAAAGACCGGCCCUAAAUACAAGGCAAUGAAUCAUUUUGAUGAAUUUUACGGGUCCGUUUUCGGUAAGAAAUGGGAUCCCAUGAAACGAGCAUUAUUACAAGGCCCGAAGUAUGUAGCCGUGAUCAACAAUUACGGAGACGCCGAAGAGACUAUGGAGUAUCUCACGAAUAGAGGUGCACAUUGCCUAAAGAAACUAAUAACAGUACAGGAAGAUUUUCAUAAACAAUAUUCUAUGAACACAUUAACCUCUGAUCAAGAAGCACCAGUGUACAUAAACAAAUUACAGCAAUUAGCAGAGAAGACACAUUCUGAUGAAAUAUCCAGUAUUUAUCCGAAUACUGAUAAUAAGCCUGAAAGACUCGACUUCAAAGACGAUGAUCAAAUUUCUGAAAGAAAGGAAAUUACGGAGCAGAAGGAACCAAUAAACAAAUCAUUAGAUCAGGCAAUAGCAGAUGCUGUUAUAGAUGAGUCUCGAAUGAUUGACCCAUCUAUAGGCUUAACCUCAGAAGCGUUGUAUCAGUAUUUACCAGCAACUAAACUUAAAGGCAUGAAUGACUGGGUACCAGAGUCUACACACUAUUCUUAUUACUCAAAAAUAGUUGAUUUCCCCUUAACUAUCGAGCCCGAGACUGAAUUGCAGUACCCGGAACACCUGAAAGUGUUCACUUAUGAAAUGGACAGUGAACUUAAAAUGUUCCCCGAACCGAAGAGAUCCCAAACAGGCGUGUUUAACUACUACCCCAUGGAUUGUGGCAGCGUGUUAGCCGUGCUAGCCCUGGGGUUGAGAGCCGGCGACAGGGUCCUGGACUUGUGCUCUGCUCCCGGGGGCAAGGCGCUGGUCGCGCUGCAGACCUUGUUACCGGACGUGGUCAUAUGUAACGACGUGUCUAUAUCUAGAUCGAACAGAACACAAAGGAUAUUCAGCGACUAUCUGUUCGAUUUCGAGACGGGUAACAAGUGGCGGGAACGCGUCAUCUUCAAAAGGGUCGACGGCAGAAUGUUCACGGACGACCACGGCUUCGAUAAGGUACUAGUGGACGUACCGUGCACUACGGACCGACACUCUGUGACCGAGGAUGACAACAACAUCUUCAGGCCGGACCGGGUGAAGGAGAGGCUCAAGAUACCGGAGCUCCAGUCGCACUUGUUGGCAAACGCGCUUCGUUUAACGAAGGUCGGGGGGACGGUCGUGUACUCCACGUGCUCCCUCAGCCCCAUACAGAACGAUGGGGUGGUGCACAUGGCACUGAAGCAAGUCUUCGAGAGCAACGACAUCAUCGCGACCGUCGUAGAUUUAACUCCAGCGGUCGCCGGCCUCAGCAGCACCCUGACGCUGGGCGCGGGCGCUGCGGCCCCCAAGUACGGGCAGCUCGUGACUCCGUCGCUUUCCGCCAACUUCGGGCCGUCGUACAUCGCGAAACUUUUACGAAUUAAAUAAAAUGUACU